AUGACCCAAGUUGUCUACUAUGCCAGCCAGCAGCCAGCAUCACCUGGUGGCCCAAAUCCAAUCGAAGCCGGCGGCAUAGCGCCACAAGUCCAAACGGAGUCGCCGCCGCUGGCAGAGGUUGCAGCUGACGCACGGAUUCAGACCGGACGCAAAGACUGGCAGAAAAGCGAUGCAUUCUUCGUGUCUGACCACCACCUUGCUCAAGCCUUCCGUAACCGCGAGGGACAGUGGCAAGAUUCGCUGGUUGCUGAGAAAACUACCCGAAAUCUUCUCCUGUUCUUGGUGCUAAACUUGUCCUUCGCCUUUGUGGAGCUUUCGUGUGGCGUCUGGACUAACAGCCUGGGCCUAAUCUCGGACGCGUUCCACAUGUUCUUCGACAGCACGGCGCUCUUGGGUGGCCUGGUUGCUUCCGUAAUCACCAAGUGGGAUGCUAAUGCACAAUUCUCCUACGGGUACGUCCGAGCGGAAGUUCUUGCAGGAUUCGUCAAUGGACUCUUUCUACUCUUCAUUGCCUUUUUCAUUCUGUCCGAGUCUAUUGAAAGGGUCAUCGAUCCGCCGGACGUCAAGCACGAACGCCUGCUCCUGAUCUCAGCGCUCGGUCUGGUCGUCAACGUGAUGGGCCUCGUCUGCUUUCACUCAGGAGAACAUUCGCACGAAGUUGGCGAGGACAAGAAGAGCGGAGAGAAGUUGGUGCGAGAAGCCGCAAUUCUGGACUCACAAGGUAUCUACCGUAACAAAAGCAACGGCACCGGUGCACCUAUAAAGAAGAAGAGCCAGAUAAUGCAAGGAGUGCUCCUGCACAUACUCGCCGACACCAUGGGCAGUGUGGGCGUCAUGGUAUCCGCCAUCUUGAUCAGCAACUUCGGCUGGCUACAGGCGGACCCGAUCUGCUCCCUGUUUAUUGCGAUCCUGAUUAUGAUUAGUGUCGUACCACUGAUUCGGGAUUCCUCGAGCGUGCUCAUGCAGCGGACGCCUGGAGAGCUCGAGGACCUGCUGCCUUCCUGUUACGAGAAGGUGAGGCGCCACGAAGGUGUCUACAGCGUGCAAGAGCCACACUUCUGGACGCUAUGCACGAAUGUCUUCAUUGGCACGCUGAAGCUCGAAGUCGCGAGGGGAAGUGACGUCAGCAGCAUCAUUGCGCACGCUCAUCGCGUAUUUGCUCAGGUUGGGGUGAAGCAGUUGUACGUACAGACGGAUUUUACUUCUUGA